AUGGAUUCUCAACCGGAUCCCGGAAUCCAGCAGAUGGCUUCGACCAUCUGCCUUCCGUACGACGUCAUGGCCCUCGUUGUUGGAAAGCUAGACUGGGAGACGCUGAAGCAAAUCCGAUUCUGCUCCGACUGGCUCGCCAGGGAGGCCGCGCGAUACUGCUUCUCCACGAUCCAUGUGUCGAUGCAUCUCGAAGGCCUGGAGCGCAUCUCUGGCAUUGCGAGGAGCAGCAGGACCGCCCAUGCCGUCAAAAAACUUGUCUUGAGACGGGCUAACACACCAUCCGAGACGGUCAUUUCAGAUACAACGGCUGAGGCUCAGAGGGAAGAGAAGCAAGACGAGACGGAGGCUUUCACGUGGCCCACACCAAACCUCUCCACAUGGCUACGCGCGUCGGGCGCGGUCCAAAAGUCCCGAGUCCACAAGGCUUACAUUGGCUUAGAAGAAGCCCUUGUCCGGCUCCCUAAUCUACAGACGCUUGUGACAAAGUUUGACUUGUAUUGGCCGGAAUACAGCCCCCUACAUCAUGCAGACUAUGGAUUGGAGGAGUGGCUAACGGUUCGAGAUAGAAGCGCCCAUUUGGCCUUCAUCCUACGAGCUCUGGGCAAGCGCAACUCGUUCAGCAACAGUCUAACCGAACUAAAGCUUCGCUCACCUGGGUAUACGUGGUGGGGACUCGGGGAUCUUGACCGGGCUUUGGAACCAACGGACGAUACGGCUUCACACGAGAACCGGAGGCUGAUGGAAAAUGCCUUCAGCAGUCCAAAGCAUCUCCGCAUUUCGAUAGGAGGGAGGCAAUCCGAGAUGGCCACAUGCAUCGAGGCCGUAGCAAGGUUUCUUGGAAAAUGCAGCAACCUCACUCGUCUUAAGUUCAAGAUCCUCUUCUCGCAUGGGCUGGCAUACAGAGCGCCGGACAUGCUUACCGGAAUCAAUGCUUGCGUGUCGUGGCCAGCGCUCAGUCACCUGAGUCUGGAACGGGUUCGGUUUCGAAAAGAGUCGAUUCUCCGCACUCUUUCCCUCGUUUCACCGACGUUGAAGUCCCUUGUCCUGGAUCUAUGUUUUCUGAUGGAUGAGGAAUGCUCGUGGUCCGACGUUCAUCGGGAAAUGAGGCUGAUAGAUUUUCAUCCUCUACUACAUCUUGAUCUUCGGGUUUGUUAUCAAGAGAUGGGCGUACCUCCCGGAGCCCUCCAUGUGUCACCGCAAGACCUCUCGGUCACAUACAUCCCUGCCGGCCCGAGAGCUUCCUAUGGAGCGAAUGGUUACGAUCUGCUGGGCUACCCGUCGAAUGUAUGCGACUACAUAUUGAAAAGAACGGAUUCCAUGCCUCCCCUUCUGGGAUAUCGGAGAGGUUAG